AUGGCUCUUCUGGGGCACGGAGAGGCUUCUGUCGAGGGUCUAGCCUGGAGCGCGGCCGACAAAAAUCGGCUCGUCUCUGUGGACUGCGCGGGCGUUUGCUGUUUGUGGGACGUUGGCAGUACCAGCAACGGCAGCAGCAGCAGCAAAGGCGGGAUAAGACCCGGCGAUUUUGCACCUGACGGGGUGCAGCUGGCCAGUAAGACACUUCAGAUGUCCCCAGUCAGGAUGCGCUGCCCAAGGGAGAAGAGAAACGCGAGUGCACGCUUAAAUGACGUGGAGCAACACCCGCAUCACCCAGAACUCGCAGUUAUUGCUGCUGAGGACAGCAGCUGUUUGCUCAUGGAUUGGCGGCAGGAGACGGCCGUUGCAGCAACGGCAGCAGUGGAAGCUGCGGCAAAUGCAGUCUCAUGGAGCCCUCAAGAACCUUGUGUGUUCGCUAUUGGAGACUCGUCUGGGACGGUGUCAUUGUUCGACACUCGUUGUCUCCGAAGGUCUUUCCUGUCUCUGUCCGUGGGAUACAUGCAAGAAGGCAGCACUACACAAGGGGCUUCAAUCAACACCGUGCAUUUCCACCCCGACUUCGCUUUCUUGCUUGGAGCGGCCGCCGAGGAUGGCACUGUGGCCCUUUGGGAUGUCGUUGCAGCGAGUGGGAAACAGCAACAGAAUCUAGAUCAGCAGCAAGAUGAUAAAAUGCAAGCAGAUGGUUCGACAAGUGAGGCUUCGAGAAGCAAUUCAAAGGGGCCGCCGGGGCUCCUGUUUGUUCAUGCGGGACACUCAGCCCCCAUUACGGACUUUUGCUGGCGGACGGCGCGAGUGCCCCCACCGAACAGCAGCGGCAGUAGCAGCAGCAGCGUGUAUCACUUAAGACAGUCGUUGCUUGGGGCAAGCGUGUCUUUUGACAACAAAGUGCAGUUGUGGCAACCCGCCGAGCUGGUGUUUUGUCAGACUGCACAGAUAAAUUAUGUGAACUGA